CAUUCGAUGUAUCGAAUCUACCAUCGAUAUAGUUGGACACUCACCGCUAACAUUUUGAGCACUUGUUAUCCCGCUAAAAUUGCACCGUCUUUCAAAAGAGUCUUCAAAUUCGCCACACAUUGGCUGUUGCGUCGUUUUGUGCUGUGAAAAUAAGCUGCACCCAUUAGAAUUGCAGUUGCAAGCGAGUACUCGUGUUGCGCAGUAAAAUGUUCAAUGUGAAUCCCAUUUUCGCGGAGCCAGAAGCCAACGAGAAUCUUUCGAACGUCAGAGACGACGACAUUUUGCGCCAACGCUUUAGUCACGCCAUUGUGCCCCAAUUGCUCGCGGCCUAUGAGUGAAUACCAAAAAUUGAGAGUAACAGAGACCUAUCGCCUGCUAGCCAUUCUGCCCAGCUCCUGCGUUCAGACGCCGCGCACCGUUGACCGUAUCCAUCGCCCUACCAUAGUACGGCUUAGAGCCUAUGCCUACACCUGCGACCUGAAGUUGGGAGCCAAAUACCUAAUCACUGGGCAUUUUUCCGGAUCUACGAAUUACAGCUUUGAAGCAUGUCAUCUAAAAAGCGCCUAGGGGCACGCCGCCAGGGUACGGCUGCUGUCCCACUCAACAAAUAUUUCUGCAGCGACGAGGAGUCGGAAAAUACCUCGAAUCCGGUCGGUGCCGUUGGCACGAUCACUGGAUCAAACGGAUUCAGUCACACCAGCAAUGUUACCCCUAUUCUAACCCCAACGUUUCAAGACAACGAUCAAAAGCCAUCAAACUCUACACCUGUGGUUGCCACUCUGCCAGCAUUCGACUGGGACUCUGACGAUAUCGAAGGUUCUCCAAAUAAAGCCGAACAGGCAGCGUCGCUAAAAGUGCAGACUGUUAAAUACGCAUCCGAAAAUCCGCUUGAAAUUGUUGGAGCCAAGACGAGGGCUCUUCUGGCUAAAGAGGAUGCAUAUUGGCACGAUCCGACGCUACCUUUAAAGCCCGACAAGCGCGAGUCGGUGGCCAAAUGGCUAAGCUCGCUGCCCACAAAAAUACAGAGCACACGGCAGCAGCUGGAGCAGCCUGAGGCUCUUGUUCAGGGCUGCGCUUUACUCGAUCACUCGAAUAAUGCCGAUGCCGAUGCCUUUCAACUAUCUGCUAGUGAACCCCAGGAAACAGCUGACAACAGGAAUCAUCGUCGUCUUGCCAGACAAUUACGAAGCCAAGCCGAGCCCGAGGCCACAUCCCAGCUAAGUGUGAUGCCAGAGGAGCUGCCAACAACCACUGGCACUGCCAUACACGAUUGGGGAGUAGGACCACAGGCUCAGGAAGCAGUGGCCACUCAGCGUACCAGAAUGAACUUCGCCCGUCGUCCCCGACGCAAGAUAGGCUCCAUUGCGGCCAAGGAUUUGGCUUAUCUGAAUACCAAUCAGGGAGAGAUGACGGAAAUGGAAAAUCCCAUGCCUCAACCGUUCCCAUACAACUAUUAUUGCAGUGUUCCAGCUCCGGCUCCAUCGACUUAUUCGGCUCCUGGUCCGAAUCCGAUUAUAUUAUCGGCUAUUCCAUCCUAUGCUCCCGAAGCAUUGACUUCAGAUCCAGGGCUAUUGCCCAUAGAAGUGCUUUUGGUGCCUGAACGGAUUGAUAUUCCAGAGAAUGUUUUAACAUCCCAGGUAGUCUAUCGCCCACAGACAGGCGAAAUAUUGGCACGAGAAGAUCGACUGCCGCUGCAGCACCCUGCGCCCAUGGAGAACUGCCACCCGAUGGUGAGCCAGUCGGUUUUUCGGCUUGCCAGCCUCCCAAUCACUGGGGUGGGAACUGGGACAGAUCAUGCUGUGGCUACUACUACACAGUUGGAUGGUUGCGGACUGCCAUCCUCUAUAUCAGGUCCCAGCCAGGAAUUGCCAUCCCUCAGUUCUUGGUACCACAAAGAAUCGAACCCAUCAUAUACAUUCGCGUCCCAGGAGACAGAAGUGGUGUCUUUGUGCCAAAGUUCGGACAUUUACCGUUGUCCCAUCAGCUCUUUGUAUCCAAACCAGGAACAAACUAUUACUUCAAUGCGCGACAUGCUGCAGCAGGCUUUUAUGGACAACAAACAAGCUAUGGACAACCUCAAAACGGACCACCACCAGCAUUCCAACCAAAUCCUGGAUACGGACAAUGCCCAAACCCCCCGCAGCAAUUCUACCCGUGCGCAGGGAUGGGAGGAGGGAUGGAACCUCAGUCAGGGGGAUUUGGCCAGGGAUAUAAUGCACAGUCGGCCGCUCCUCAAUAUGGACUUGGAGGACAACAACCAACAGGCAAUGGUUGGAAUUGAUAUUGAAAUUGACAAAGAAGACCCAGACACACAUGGCACAGUUCACAGUGCACUCAAGUCUCUCCCAACUGCGGCUCCUCCAGGACAAUCGAGUUCUUCGACUGUGGCUCGCCAUCAGCUCUUUAGCCGUCGGCCAGCCAAUGAAGCCCACCCAAAGCCGGACCUCAACUUUGCGCCGUCGAGCGUGAAAAAAUUGUAUCAACUGAUCUGCUCGCAGUACUCGGACUAUGCCUUUAUCUAUGCCCUGAGCGCCCAGCUUAGCCAGGAGUGCGUACCCAUGGACUGUUACGUCUACUUGAAGAUGGUCCUGCUGGCCAGCAUUGCGUCCAUCGAGCCGGACGAGUUGCGGUCCCCCAUCUCGCUGUGCAUCAUUGCCACCGACGGCACCAUGGCCAAUCGUCUGAUGUCCAGUGUGGGUCAGUUGGCGCCACGUUUCCUGGGCCCUCACGAGGGCGGUCUGCAGGCCACGUACUCGGCACUGCCCGUGCGCUACAAUUGGGUGGUGGCCAGUCCCCUGCUGAUGGCCCAACAGGGCGUUUACUAUGUCGGUGAUUGGACGCGUCUGUCCCGCGAGCAUGGCGAACAGCUGGAGAAGGCUAUCGAGAACGGAGCGGUGCCCGUGCCGCAGACGCAGGGCGAGCAGCCACUGGAAGCCGCCAUUUGGACGCACUGGCAACCGGAGAAUGCCAACAAUCAGACAGUGGCCUUUGCCAAACUGUGCCCUAUCUUUGGCCUGCCCAUUUACAUGGGGGAGCAGGUGAGCGACAGCCUGUGGGGUUUUCUGCUCCAGCUGCACAGCGAGGACGGCCAGAAGACGGAGCAGGAUGGACUGAACGUACCUGAAGAGGAUUUGCGCAUGCUUCUCGGCUUGCUGCACAAGCGGAAGGUGGUCUUUGGGGAUGCGGCCCAAUGCUUGCUGCAAAAAUACUAUGUGAUCUCACGCAAGCAGCGACCAACUGUAUUCUCUAGCAAGACGUAUAUUGUGCUGAAACAGUUCGCCGAGUCGUUUGCCAAGCUGGCGAUGCGGUUGGAAGUCCUCGAAGCGGAUGUGAUUGUAGCCAUUUUUCACUGCGAGCACCUUGUGCAGAAAAUAUUUGGUGCCCAAGAGAUGCCCGCACCAUCGGUGGAGACAUUCAGUGUGAUUUCCCACAUUGAUCCGUACAUGGAUGAGUUCACACGCUGGCUGUUGAACUACCUCGAUCGAUAUGGCGAGGAACAGCUGGGCAUUCAAGUCAAGCGCCGCAGUACCGGCAGCUGGGGCGAAAUGGAAUAACGCAACACUCAAUUAACUAUAAGUUUUCUAUUUUUUGGUGUUUUUGUUUGUUUUUUUUUGUAACUCGUAAGGCGCUCAAAGCAAACAAACAACUGCGGUGUGGUCUUACGCUUAUUAACCAGUUGUGAUUCAUCACCAUGUCGUUGGUGGCUCUCAGUGGUACAUUACCUUAUUACCUUUAGAAAAGGUACGAGAAAUGUAGCCAGGCAAAAGAUAUGCCAUGCCACUAACCGUUUUACUUUCAUACAUCUAUUAUUACAAAUAUUCAAACAAACCAAAAAUGUCAUCACCAAAUAGGCAGAAAUAGAUAUAACAAUAAAUGUUUGGACAAUCCAUUCAUGUUUGGAGUUUACCUCAGUUUAGAUCACAAAAAUAUUUUCCAAAAAUAUACGAACGAAAAUUUGAAAAUGAAGCCAGCUGCCAGGUUCGGAACCCCACCCAAAGCUCAGGCUUUGGUCCAGUUGGAGAACGGCCCGUUCUACAAGACAAUCUAUGACUUUUUGAACCAGCUAUCGAUGGCGUCGGACCUGGGCUCGCUCAUCGGCUGCAUAGUGCUCUUCCUGAUCAUGUGGUAUAUUAUAACUUGGUUGUUGCGGCUGGUGCUCUCCCUGUUCUGCGCGGCCGUCAUUGUGGUCCUUGUCGUGGGCAUUAUUCGCUCUGAAGUCGCCUCCAAAGAUGUGGUACUUAUGCUAUACCAAGUGAUAUUGGUGAUUGCUAAAAUGAUUGGAGGCAUCUUGGUCUAUGCUUUGAGGAAAUGUUCCAAUUAAUCCCGAUUACAUUACAUAUUUAUGGAAAAUAUUUAAUUAAUUAAUUUAUAAAUUGUGCAACAUUGUGUUGUGGGGGAAUGAA